AUGAGCAUUUUCACAUUUAAUCCUAGCCCAUCCCCAAACAUCGCAUUUGGACCUAUCGCCUUCCGCGUCCCCCACGCUUCUCCCCACUGUCUCUCACACACCUCCCCACGCACACGCCCACGCUUCCCCUCACCGUCGCCCACGCUUUCCCCCAUCGUCGCUCACGCUUCCCCUUACCUCCGCUCACGCUUCCUCCUGCCUUCCCCCACGCUUCCCCACACCGUCGCUCACGCCUUCCCCCACCUUCCCUCACGAUUCCCCUCUCAUCGCCCACGGUUCCUCCUACCGUCGCCCACGCUUCCUCCCACCGUCACCCACGCUUCCCCCCACCAUCACCCACGCUUCCCCCCACCGUCGCCCAAGCUUCCCCCCACCGUCGCCCAAGCUUCCCCCCACCGUCGCCCACGCUUCCCCCCACCAGCGCCCACGCUUCCCCCCACCGUCGCCCACGCUUCCCCCCACCGUCGCCCACGCUUCCCCCCACCGUCACCCACGCUUCCCCCCACCGUCGCCCACGCUUCCCCCCACCGUCGCCCACGCUUCCCCCCACCGUCGCCCACGCUUCCCCCCACCGUCGCCCACCCCCACUGUCGCCCACGCUUGCCCUCCCAUCGCCCUCGCCUCUCACCCACCCUGGGCGGGGAGGUAUGGCGAGCUGGGCUGGGAGCUGGGGAAGGGGUCGUGACUCGUUCGCUGUGGGGUGUGGAAGGGUGCGUGGUCAGCAGCACCCACCCUUCUCUCUCUUGCACUGACCUCCUCUCCUCUCUCGCACCAACCCCACACGCAUGGCAGGUGGUGGUGCGGCUUUGGAGCAGAGUGUUUGGCGCACAGCCAGGGCAGCGCGUGCAGGCGGGCAGCAAGGAGUGCAUCGUCCUCCUCUCCCUCUCCCUUCCUCCCUUCCUCCAUCUCUCUGCCUCACUACCCUCUUUACCCUCUCUGUUGCCCGUCCUCCCUUCCUCCCUUCCUCCAUCUCUCUGCCUCCCUACCCUCUUUACCCUCUCUGUUGCCCGUCCUCCCUUCCUCCCAUCCUUCUUUCCUGCCAUUCUUCCUCUCCUCAUCCUCCCUCGAUCCAGUCCCCCUUCCCCUUUCCAUCUCCCACUCUCCCACUCCCUUCCUCACGCCAACCCUGCUCCACCGUUCCACCCUUCUACCUUCCCCCUUGUACCCAGCCGCACUUUUUCCUCUCAUCCGCCCAUCAUCUCAUCCGCCCAUCCUCUCAUCCGCCCAUCAUCUCAUCCGCCCAUCCUCUCACCGUCGCCCACGCUUCUGCCUUAG